CUGCAAAGCUUACCGUCACGACAAAGCACCGGAGAGCUGUGAUUGAAGUCCAGCAUUUCCCCAGCUCACCCGGUUUGCAUUUGAGGCAGAAUGUGAAGCGACACCCAAUUGAUCUCGGAGGAUGAAUUGCAGCAGCCUCUACCGAUCGACCGUCCCGCACCUUCGAGCUGCCAAAUUUCUCGUCCCCACCAGCUGGACGACAGGCGCGCAGCGUAGAACCUACGCGUUCCAAGCGGCCGGGGCUCCCAUCCACCAAGUUUUCAACCGACGCACCAAAUGGCUGCAGAAGGAACGGGCCGCAGCCAACGUUGAGCAGAGCCGAAUUGCCGACUUUCUGAAAGAUGAAGUUGCCGCCCGGCUCUGCGAGAGGCUCCUCGACAUCAAACGCCACUACCCGAAAGUCCUCGACAUAGGCGCAAACUCUUGCAACAUCGGCCGUGCCCUCACGAACCCGAAUCCGGAACCCGAUCCGUUGCUGCCGCAAUCAGGCCCCAUUGCCAGUAGGGUCGGUCAUUUGACAGCAGCCGAGUCGUCAGCGACGCUGCUUUACCGAGAUGCCGAGCUGCCGUUCAAUGAGCAGAUCAACAUGACGAGGGAGGUGUUGGCGGACGAGGAGACAAUCCCAUAUGAGGCAAACACCUUUGAUCUCGUGUUGAGUUCUUUGAGUCUUCACUGGAUCAACGACCUACCGGGUAUGUUGUCGCAAAUCAACAAUGUGCUUAAGCCGGAUUGUGCAUUCAUGGGGGCCAUGAUGGGAGGCGACUCGCUCUUUGAGCUGCGCACCUCUUUACAACUUGCCGAGCAAGAACGACGGGGCGGUAUAUCACCCCAUGUCUCGCCAUUGGCCGAUAUCCGGGACUGUGGUGGACUUCUACAGCGAGCAAGAUUCAAGAUGGUCGGCGUUGACUUUGACGACAUUGUUGUGGAUUUUCCUGACAUCUUUGCCUUGAUGCAGGAUCUUCAAGCUACGGGUGAGAAUAAUGCCGUUUUGGGUAGAGAGAUGGGACCUAUCCAAAGGGAUGUAUUGCUUGCUGCCGAUGCCAUCUACCGGGAGCUUCAUGGCAAUGCGGACGGGACGAUACCUGCGACAUUCAGGACUAUCUACAUGAUUGGGUGGAAAGAGGCCGAUAAUCAAGCUCAGCCAUUGCCGAGGGGCAGUGGACAUAUCAACUUGAAAGAUAUUUUGCAGAGCAAGUAGACAGUUGAAUGGUAUAUUGCAUCUCCACCUCCAUUCUUGUUCGUUUCAGUUUAGUCACACAAUCCAACGACUGGUCAUCAACUUCUUCGCCAUUCUGGGCCCAGCUCUAGCCUUAUGUAGAUCGAGCAGUAAAGUAGGUUUACGUUUACUAUUCAGCGAAUAUUCUCUCGAA